AUGGUAGCUAGCUGUCGCAUAGCGAUUUUAGCAAUAUGGCUUACAAUUUUAAAAGUACAACUUAUAUAUAGUGAUGAUCGAUAUAAUUUGACGGUACAUCCGUUCGUCGGUUACUUUCAAGGAUUUAAACUUGGACAAAACCUUGUACUACAAUUGCCAUCAUUCUUCGUGUCACCAGUCGCUUUUGUGCCGUCAGCAUAUCAUUAUCAAGACACAUCAAAGGUGAUAUUCGAUGGAACUUAUGAAAAACAUGAUUCUAAUGUUAUCAAUAUAAAUACCAAAACAAUUAAUUCCAAUUUUCUAAAAGUAAAUAAUUUGGAUGUUGAAGAUUUUUCAACGAAUAAGCUAAGGUUGCCAGAAGGUGAUUCGGAGGAUUUAUUCACCCAAUCUCUCGUUAACGAUUCUACUAUUGUCGAAAGUAAGGAAAAUAAACAUAUUUUAAAUGAAAAAUCCACCACUGUAGAACCAAACAGUGAAGUAGAAAUUACGGCAGAAAAUAAUAUGACUACAAAAGAAACGGGCCCGUAUACGUCGUCCCUGUAUAAUAACCAAUAUUUGAAAAAUCUGACAAUAACGAGGCAGGAAAUCGAUAACAAUUUCACCCUACCUAGUACGGAAAACCAUUGGCAAAACUUUAGUCUACCAUCGGAUAAUAAUAGUACUAAUCACGAUUCAGAAAGAAUAAAUGGUUCAACCACAGCUGAGAUUGCAAUUUCUCCACCGAAACAAUCAAGUGUAAUAACUAACUUUUAUCCAUACCCUAACGCUGUUUCUCAUUCAGCAGUAGAUAAAUUAUCAAUAACAACGAAUUCUUAUUUAGAUGAAGGAAGUAAUUUACCGCUUUCUUACGAUGAUCGAUGGCAAAGCUUCACUUCAUUAACGAAAUUGUAUCCGAACUUUGGCUUUCGACCGCUAUCAGGGCUGUACUAUGAUGGAUUUUUACACAAAUCUCUGAAUAAGAAAAAUGGAUUUAUACCUUACUAUAAAGUAAAUAAUAAUUAA